AUGAGGCGCUGCCCGUGCCGGGGGAGCCUAAGCGAGGCGGAGGCCGGGGCGCUGCCCGCAGCGGCCCGCAUGGGGCUGGAGGCGCUGCGAGGGGGCCGACGGCGGCAGCCGGGACAGCAGCGACCUGGGCCUGGCGCUGGGGGCCCGGCGGAGCAGCCGGAGGGGGGCGGGCCCCGGGCCUGGACCGAGGGGUCCAGCCUUGGGCCUGAGCCGGGGACAGAAGGUCCACAAACAGAACCGUGGACAGAUGGACUGGCUGAGCCCGAAGCAGCUGGCCUAGGAGCAGAGACGGAGAGUCCCGGCCAGCAUACAGAGCCAGAAGGAUCCGGCCCCCAGACACAUCCAGAAAAGAGCAGCUGCGGGUCAGAGCUGGAGCCCGCCGGUGCCUGGAGGGAGACUAGGGCAGAUGGCUUUUGGGCUGAUACACACAGACCCGACCUCCAGUCGCAGGCAGAGGGGGCCAGCGUCCGGACACAGCCGGGGGUUGAUGAGCCCUGGACAGAGCUAGAAAUACCUGGGUGGCAGACCCAGCCAGAGAGGGUGAAACCCUCGGCUGAUAACCUCUGCACCCAUGAGAGCAGGCCCAGCCUCCGGACUUACCCAGAGGGAGCCUGUCCCUUCACGGAACCAACUGCUGAUGGCUUCUGCAAAGAACUGUACACUGAUGGCUGCAGGAUGCCACAGGAUACCGAAGUAUCCUGGACAGAGCCACACAGAAUACAGAUACAACAGAAUACUGAAACAGCCUGGAAGCAGCCUGGCAAUGAUGGUUUCCCAACACAACAAGAAACGCAUGAUGGGUCCUGGACACAGUCUGGGGCUGAUGGUCCCCAGACGGGACCUGGAACGGACUGCCUUUUAGGGGAGCCCAGCCAAGAUGGCCCACUAGAGGAAACUGAACCUGGGGAGUUGGUGACUCACCUGUGCUCUCGCUUGGAGUGUAGUUCCCUGUGCCCUGUGCCCCGCCUCAUCAUCACCCCUGAGACCCCUGAGCCUGAGGACCAGCCAGCGGGACCGCGCUCUCGGAUUGAGGGAGGCAGUGGGGGCUUCUCCUCUGCCUCCUCUUUCGAUGAGUCUGAGGAUGACUUGGUGGCUGGCGGUGGAGGUACCAGCAAUCCUGAGGACAGGUCUGGGAGCAAACCAUGGAAGAAGCUGAAGACGGUUCUGAAGUAUUCGCCCUUCGUGGUCUCCUUCCGUAAACACUACCCUUGGGUCCAGCUUUCCGGACAUGCUGGGAACUUCCAGGCGGGAGCGAAUGGUCGGAUUCUGAAACGUUUCUGUCAGUGUGAGCAGCGCAGCCUGGAACAGCUGAUGGGAGACCCGCUGCGGCCUUUUGUGCCAACCUACUAUGGCAUGGUGCAGCAGGAUGACCAGGCCUUCAACCAGAUGGAAGAUCUCCUGGCUGAUUUUGAGGGCCCCUCCAUCAUGGACUGCAAGAUGGGCAGCAGGACCUACCUGGAAGAGGAGCUGGUGAAGGCGCGAGAACGGCCCCGGCCCCGGAAGGACAUGUACGAGAAGAUGGUGGCUGUGGACCCCGGGGCCCCCACCCCCGAGGAGCACGCCCAGGGUGCAGUCACCAAGCCCCGCUACAUGCAGUGGAGGGAAACCAUGAGCUCGACCUCCACCCUGGGCUUCCGGAUCGAGGGCGUCAAGAAAGCUGAUGGGACCUGCAACACCAACUUCAAGAAGACACAGGCACUGGAGCAGGUGACAAAGGUGUUGGAGGACUUUGUGGAUGGGGACCAUGGAAUCCUGAGGAAGUACGUGGCACGCUUGGAAGAACUGCGCGGGGCUCUGGAGGACUCACCCUUCUUCAGGACCCACGAGGUGGUUGGCAGUUCACUCCUCUUUGUGCACGACCACACUGGUCUGGCCAAGGUCUGGAUGAUCGACUUCGGCAAGACGGUGCCCCUGCCUGACCACCACACGCUCACCCACAGGUUGCCCUGGGCUGAAGGCAACCGCGAGGACGGCUACCUCUGGGGCCUGGACAACUUGAUCCGCCUCCUUCAGGGGCUGGCCCAGAGUUGACCCACUCGGCCGCUGCCAGGCUUAGUUAUGGGAUGGUGCCAUUCUGGCCGGAGCAGCCCUAAGAUCGCACGGGGGCGAUGGAAGAGGCUGCGCUGUAGCACACGGCCAGCGUGGGAGGCCUGAAGGGCCUUGGUACGCCGGGCAGCUCCUGGCUCUUUCGUGAUCCAAGGAACAUAACCAGGCGGGGUCACAGUGAGCCAGUGGAAGCAGAACAGGUGCCCUGACCAGCCAGGAAGGCUUCUGAGGCACUGCCAGAGGCUGUAGCCAAAUCUUGCUGCCCUGAGAACACAAGUUGCUGUCACCAUACAGACCUGACACUGCCCACGGCCAUAUGAAUGACCCAGAACUGCCUCGUCAGUCUCUCCUGGCUCCCAGCUGGCUCCGUGAGCUCAGGGCCUGGGCAGUUGCCCUGGGUACUAGGCUUCAACUCUGAGUACGUGCAGGAGCCACCUGUCCCCCUGGGAGUGACAGCGCAGUCUCUGUUGGAGGCCAUCCAAGUGCUGAGCGGAGGGCAUGACACAUGAGAUGCCUGCCGAUGCUGCCCAAGGCGACGUCCCAGGGUGGGGCACGGUCAUGGCCUCUUUCCUGCCCUGCUGCAGCCUGGUGGAUCCUCCCGCCCCCGGGAGACUCUGCUGACCUGCUGCAGACCCAGACCGCACUACAUCCAGCCUGGGUGCCGGCACUGUGUCCAGAACCACCUCAUUCUUUGGUGCACCAGAUCCAACCUCAGGACCUCCUCUCCCCCUGUCCGCAAGCCCUGGGCGCUGUGUCUCCUUCCUCCUAGCGGACUGCCGCAGCAGCGGUUUCCCAGGCAGGGGAAGCACGCUUUUUCUUUGGGAAUCAGAGUUGCCUUGCUGACGAUACCUCAACCCAUUCCAGGGAGAAGCGCCAGGUUGUGUGUAGCUGCUGGCUGUGACCUUGGGCUUGGCAUCUGGUCUAAACCAGAGACUCUAGAGCUGGGGUACGGUGUACGCACGCUCAGCUCGGUGCUCUAGCACCUGUCUUUGGCUUCCUGUCCCACAGGGUGGGCUUGGGAAGGACAGGCACUGACCUCUUCCCCAAGCUGAAGCCCUGACUUUGUCUUCCAGGGCUGAGGGAGGGCCUCCUUUUCUACUGACCGACCAUCUUUGUACUUAUUUAUAAAUACGUGAGGUAGUUGUAGAUGGGGUACUGGGGCAACAUGAGGCAAAUGGCUUCACUCUGCCUCCCGUCCACAGCACGCUAAUGAACAGAACACUCAAAGUCA